AGAGAAUAUGGGGAAGGAAAAGCAAGAGCAAUUAUGGGGUUAUAGCACGACGGGAAUUGACUGUACGAACACGCAUACGAUACCAGUCAUUUACUCACUCAUGAUUUUGAUACUCACGAUACUGGAGAAUAACCUCACAACUCCCACAAACGAACACCUAUAGCCACAGCGCUGGUGACCACGAAUAACCUCGCAAUCCCCACAAACAAACACACCACAACAACCUCCAAAACAACCGCAAAAAUGGCUUUCUCCAUCGCCGAACCCGCACCCACCCCUCUCCCGAACCACUACACGCCCGCUGGCCGCGGCGGCGCAGGAAACAUGUACAAGCCCUCGUCCUCUCCAUCUCUGACACGAUCCACCACCGCCUCCUCCAGCGGCUCCACGCUCUCCAAAUCCUCCUCAAGCUCGACCACCUCGAGCCUCGGCAAAUCCUCCACUGUAUCCAGCAGCUCCUCCACAGCGCGCGUCUUUGCAGGCCGCGGGGGUGCAGGCAAUGUCCGUCCGCGGGCAGAGGAGGAACCAUUCAGCUUCGCUGAGGAAGUGCGCGAGCAGACUCGCAGAGAGGCGAGGGAGAAGACCUGGGUUGUCGGACGGGGCGGAGCCGGGAACUGGGCGACCAAGGGAGACAGGGAGGGUGAGAAGAGAGGACUUCUCGGGAGAAUUGGGGAAGUGUUGAGCAGAGCGUGAAGUAUCUUUGGCACUGCUCGAUUCACCACAUCAAGCGAAAGGAAAGAACCAAAGAGCAGAGGAAGGAGCAUUUCAUACUGUCAAUAUACCCCACACCGGCUCAUUCAUGGAGUCUUUGCGAUGUUUUCACACACAACGGCGUAUAUGGGGGGGAUAAUAGGAAGGGCCAGGGAAAAAGCAAAGGUUAUUUUUAUUGUAGGGUCAGGGAAACAUGAAGGGGAGAGCCACGGAGCCAGAAGAGGAGAGCUUCGUGAAGACGCUUGGGCGGAUAGCUUGUAAUACAAUCACCGCCACCACUCCACCUCAACUGUUCCAUUUUGAAAAUCAUCGCGUUUAUUCAUUCCUAUAAAGGAGUUAUAUUACAUCUCCCACUUCCCCAUCCCUAUCUCCCCCUACGUCCCACCCCACCC